GCCAGGCAGGAGCCGGAGAUGGCCAUAAGCAGGGCUCUUGGUGCCUGACUCUGGCCUGAUCCAGAAACCCUAUUUCCCGAGUCUUCCCAUUCGUGGCAGCCUCUGGCAGUAGGUAAGAUCAUAGACCGAGUUUGAGGAACCUCGCUCUUGGUGGCCAGAAAACGCAGAACCAGAUGCAGCUGUGGAAGAAGCCACUAGAUGAUUGAGAAAGUGACCCUGGAAACAGAGGGGGAAUUCUUAUAAAUCACAAAGGAAAAUAAAUAACUUCACCCAUGGAGGGAAAGAGACAGCUUGAGAAAAGGGACUUUGGAAAAAGGCUGUCUCUAGACAGCAGUCUUGUGGAAUACAUGGACUCCAAUAAAUACAUUGAGCAUCUGCUAACUCAACUUGAAGAGAAACACAGAAGUCUCUGGAGGGAGAAGCUGGCUGUGGCCCGACUGCAGCGAGAAGUUGCCGAAAGGAGAAGUGAGGGGGCCAUGCAUGAGAAGCUGAUACAUGAAUUGGAAGAGGAGAGACACUUACGUCUUCAGAGUGAGAAGAGGUUGCAGGAGGUAACACUGGAGUCUGAGCGCAGCCGGAUUCAGAUGCGUGGCCUGCAGCAGCAGUUCUCAAGGAUGGAAGAAACAGUACGAAAUCUAUUGCAGAGUCAAGGACCUCCGGAGCAGAAAAAAGAAGACACUGUUAAUAUAAUGGUCUAUCAGGAAACGCUGUCAGAAGAUGAGAGAAAACACAAAGAAGCUUUGGAAGAUCUUCACAUGGCAGUCGAUGAAGAUUCGAGGAGCGAAAGCAGCAGUGCAGACGAGGGCAAAGAAAAGACCAAACUGCUGUUGGAAAGACUCAAAGCUCUAGAGGCAGAGAAUUCAGCAUUGGCUUUGGAAAAUGAGAAUCAAAGGGAGCAGUACGAGCGAUGCCUCGACGAGGUAGCCAACCAAGUUGUUCAGGCUCUACUCACUCAAAAGGAUCUAAGGGAGGAAUGUGUAAAGUUGAAAACAAGAGUGUUCGAUUUGGAACAACAGAACCGAACGUUAAGUAUACUGUUCCAGCAGCGACUCAGGCCAGCCUCCGACCUGCUCCUCCAGAAACUUCACUCACGCAUCUUACAUCUUUCAUCCGGAGAUUUGCUCGCAGAGGUGGAAAGGAGCCGGAGUCUGACACAGACACGGAGUGAUGUUGAGACGCACGAAUGCCAGCUGAGCGCCAAGUCAGGAGCCCCUGCUUUGAAAGGCCCUGGCGUGGGGCUUGUCCUCCCCGGUCACCUCUGUCCCCGCAGUCGCUGCAGCAGCAGUGAGCUGUCUCUUUCCAGCACCUGCAGCGAGUACUCCAGCGGCUCCUCCUGCACAUGGCACGAUGGGAAGAACCUCAGGAAAAGGGUAAAAGAGACAACUGAAAACCUGCAAGAGGAUGAAGAAGAUACAGUUGUAGAUUCUGCAUUUCAGAACCACAUCAUAGAGUCCAACUGCCAGAUGAGGACCCUCGACAGUGGGAUCGGAACCUUCCCACUCCCAGACUCGGGGACUCGCUCAGCCGGCCGGUACAUAUGCCAGGCAGAUCCCUCCGGGGACGCGGAGCCGGACCUGUGCCUCCAGCCGGUCCUUUGCGCAGCCCCUUCCACCCGAGCCCAGACCCUCGAACGAGAAGUGCCUUCCUCCGCCGACAGCCAGGACUUUGCAGACAGCGCCAUCGCUCACUCCACGUCCGACCCCACCAUGACUGCCAGGGGGGCGCGGCCUCUGCAAAGUCGCCUCCCCAAACCAGCCUCCUCAGGAAAAAUCCAUUCCCAAAAGCAGAAUGAAGCCGAGCCACGGCCUCAGACCUGCUCGUCAGUAUGUGCUGAGAACACACUGGCCAGGGAGCUGCUUCCAGACUGGCGGGGUGAAGACCCCCCUGCGGACACCCAGGACAAGGGACCCAGAAAGUGCUCGUACUCUGCCAACGGUGGCAGUGAUAGUGACAGUGACCGGGCUGUGGAAAUAAUGGUUUGGGAGCUGGAAGGGGCAAGUUAG